AUGGCCCUCAACGCUGUUUCUGCCGCCAGAGGAUCAGCGAGGCAGUAUAUCUCGACUUUUUUGACACUAGACAACGCGAAGUCCGGUCUUUUCUAUUAUGUUCUUCUCGUCCAGGCCAUCAAAGUCAAGCGGCAUCUUCGGGCAAGGGGCAUAUCUGCGUCGUUGAAAGAGCUCUACACAUGGAUAUCUCAGCAAAUUAUACGACUUCUUCUCCGUUUGCCUGCCACUCGCAAGAAAGUAGCUUCGCAAAUGGACCAAGCGAAGCUUGACAUUGAAAAUCGUCUCGUACCCAAGGGCGCCAAUGUGACUCGCCACCUCUCACUCCCGUCUGAAGGGAAAUCACUGGAAUGGAUUACUCAAGAAAUGGACAAGAUGGACACCGAGUUAGGUGGCACGAGUGACGCGUGGAGGCAAGGGAAGCUCUCUGGAGCCGUCUAUCACGGCGGGGAUGAGCUGGCCAAAAUUAUUGUCGCAGCGUACUCCAGAUAUUGCGUGUCUAACCCUUUGCAUCCCGACGUUUUUCCGGCAGUCCGAAAGAUGGAGGCUGAAAUUGUCGCCAUGUGUUUGAAGAUGUACCGUGGACCAGAAGGUGCAGCGGGCGCCAUGACUUCUGGCGGAACUGAAAGUAUCGUCAUGUCUGUAAAAACACAUCGAGAUUGGGCGCGCUCUGUGAAGGGCAUCAAGGAACCGGAAAUGGUCGUCCCCGUCUCGGCCCACGCAGCGUUCGACAAAGCUGCUGCAUACCUUGGUAUCAAGCUGCAUAGCAUUCCGGUAGACUCUUAUACUCGACAAGUAAACAUCAAGCAUGUCAAGCGUGCCAUAAAUUCUAACACCAUCAUGAUUGUAGGCUCCUGUAUAGGGUUCCCAGACGGCAAUCAAGACGACAUCGAGGCUUUAGGCGCCCUUGCAAAAAAAUACAACAUUGGACUGCAUGUCGACUGUUGUCUGGGCUCUUUCAUCGUCCCCUUCCUCGAACCAGCUGGCCUCGCUAAAGGUGAUAAUAAAGGAAGAUAUAAACUUACACCUUUCGACUUCACCGUGGAUGGCGUCACCGCUAUCAGCUGUGAUACGCACAAAUAUGGAUUUGCUCCUAAAGGUACAUCCGUCAUCAUGUACAGAUCCGCUGAGCUGCGUCGUUUCCAAUACUAUGUUAACCCUAUCUGGCCUGGUGGUGUCUAUGCCAGCCCCAGUCUGUCCGGAUCUCGUCCCGGUGCUCUGAUUGCAGGAUGCUGGGCAGUUAUGCAAUAUAUGGGUACAGAAGGUUACCUGUCUUCUUGCCGCGAUAUUGUGAUUGCGACGCGAAAGAUAGCAGAUGCCAUUACUGAUGACAUUCCGGAACUUUAUGUACUCGGCAACCCUCCCGCGUCUGUGGUUGCGUUUGGUAGUCGGAACCCCACCGUUGACCCACUGGAAGUGGGCGAUGGCAUGCGCAAAAGAGGAUGGCACUUGAAUGGGUUGAGCUCGCCCAAGAGCGUGCAUAUCGCUUGCACGAGACUCACCCUUCCUGUGGUGGAUCAAUUUAUUGCGGAUUUGAAAGAUUGCGUGCGAGAAGCCAAGGUGGCACCCUCAGGAAAAGGCACCAUGGUGUCUGUGUAUGGUCUCGGGAACUCUAGCGCUGUUGGACCUGAUAUGGUUAGCCAACUGGCGUCCGCAUUCUUGGAUGCCUUAUACAAGGCAUAG